GGAAGAUGGUGGGAGGCAUUUUUCAUACAAAUCAUAACUUUGAUGACCUUACUGGGGAUCGAAUUUUUAUAAAUGUCUAGUAAUGUCUCGAGAAUGUAUUUACUAAUGGAAUUAAUUAAAAUUCUGUGAGAAAUAAACUAGUUUGGUGCUGUGAAUUGACCAUAGAUAAUGGUAGUACUAGAAAGAACUCUCGUUACGAUUAAUAUUUGGGCACUCAGUUUCACAUUCUAUGAUACCACUAUGCUAUAAGGCAAGCAACAUAGCGAAUGUCACAGUUAUUUCUUGAAGUAGAAUUUUCGAUCGGAAUUAUCAUGGUAUAAAAGUAAUUUUCAUUCGACCGUGCGAAGGUCGACGAUGCACCGAUUAAACUCGACAGUGUGCCAUAAUUAUGUAUAUAGUCAGUUAGAAAAUAUGUGUACUCGAUGCUGGGAACGCAUCUCCCUCGGUCCAUUGACCGAAGGGUAUUUGGCAAAUGAGGAAAAGUGCUGUUAGUCAACGAUUGAUAUAGCUUGGCAAAAGUAUGUGAGAACCAAGUGUAUUAUGUCACGACUAUCUUGUUCACGUAUAUAAUAUUACGGGCUAACGAGUACGAGGCAUGCGGCGGUAGCUUUAAAACGAGGAACUGCGAUAUGCGCCCUGCACUAAUUUCGUUCAUCAAAAUUGAUAGUAAAUGAGAAUAAAGACGAUAUCGGACGGUUGGUAAUUUUACCAGAAUGGAAAUUUAUUGUUACACACCCUCGGAUUAAGGACACAUUAUUCGGUAUGGAAGUUGUCUGGAAAAGUAUCAAAUUCAAAUAUAUAUUUGCUUGUAUUCUGAUUACAUUUGUCAUUUCCUGCUUGAUAAGUAUUGCUCCAAUAAGCAUAGACGAAUGCAAGUGUGAAAUACCUAUCCAACAGAGUCAGUACAGUAAUCAUAAACAGGAAAACAAUGGUGAUAAAAAUCAUAGAAAGUCAUUACAUCGGUUAGCUAUACUUGUGCCAUUUAGAGAUCGUUUCGAAGAGCUACUAAUAUUUGCUCCUCAUAUGAAAAAGUUUUUAGAUAAACAAAAUAUAGAUUAUCAUAUAUUCAUAUUAAAUCAGGUUGAUAGGUUUAGAUUUAAUAGGGCCUCUCUUAUAAAUGUAGGCUUCCUUGAAGUUAACAAGGAAUUUGACUAUGUAGCCAUGCAUGAUGUAGAUUUAUUGCCUGUAAACGAUGAAUUGUUAUACUCUUUCCCCACCAAGGGGCCUUACCAUGUAUCUUCUCCGGAAUUACAUCCUAGAUACCAUUAUCCAACAUUUGUUGGAGGCAUAUUACUUAUUAAAAGAGAACAUUUUAUACAAGUAAAUGGAAUGUCUAAUAAAUAUUGGGGAUGGGGUCUUGAAGAUGACGAGUUCUAUGUUAGAUUAAAAGAAGCCGGUUUAAUAGUUACAAGACCACAAAAUGUGUCUACUGGAACACACAAUACGUUUAAACACAUACACGACAGAAACCACAGAAAACGAGAUAUGAUCAAGUGCUAUAACCAACGAGAAGUUACUCGGAAAAGGGAUCGCCAGACCGGCUUAAACAAUGUCUCGUAUAAGUUAUUAAGUACAAUUAAAAUGACUAUCGGGGACACUCCAUUAACCGUCCUUAAUAUUUCUCUAAUGUGUGAUAAGUUAAGUACACCUUGGUGCGAAUGUGAUAAGGUAAUGGGCUCUAAAGACGGAAAAUCAAAAGAGAAGAAAAAGGUCAAUAAUAACAAGUCUGCCACUGGAUUGUAAUUAUACCGAUAAAAAUUGUAUUAAAAAAUAUAUAUGUAUAUAAUUAAAUGUAUCUACUUCAAAGUUUUUCUUAUACUUUAUGUAUGUAACAAAUGCAAACAAAGCAACUUCUCGUUUAGAUAAAUUUGUAGCAAACAUGUUUAAUGAAAUAAUCGAUUGUUGUUCGUAAAAUGCACCGAAGCAUUUAUGCACAAUGAUUCAAUAUCGUAAUUUAGCAGUGAAGUAAUAUUUUAUAUUACACAUAUAAUGUUUAUACAUAUAUUUACAUUAUCAGCGACAGCAUGAAAUGGUAUUGUACAAUAAAUAUAAUUGAUAUUGUACAAUCGUUAUUGUACAAUUGAUAUUGUACAAUAAAUAUAAUUAGGUGCAUAAUGGAUAUUAUACAAUGACAGAAGAAAACCUAUCUAAAUAUUCAUGAUUUUACUAUUACGUUUUUCAAUUCUAAAAUGGUAAAAAAGACAGCUAUUCUUAAGCUAUAGUACCAUGGCUACAUAACUGCAUUCAACUGCAGAAUAAAAUGUUCUCUUAAUUCAUUUGUACUAAAGUCAUCACCAUCAUUAUUUUCUUCGAAAAUAUCUUGUACAGUUCCUGUUACAGUCUCUGCCCCAUCCAAUUCACCUGUUUUAGCAGUUGAGUCAGGAACUUGUGCAUCCUUCCCAUCUGCUUCACACUCGUCACUUAUAUUCUGUGCAUUCUCUGCUUUAAUGUUCAACUUUGAACCAGAGUUCGUUGAUUUCUCUACAUCACUCUUAGUUUGAUCUGUUACAUCUUCAUUAAGAACUCCCUUUCUCAAAGCCGG